UAUUAUCAGAUAGGGACUUUAUCAAAUGCCUCUGGUGCACAUUUAAAUGACUACCGCAAACACAGGAUGGAUAGGGGGUUAACAUCCCAGAAAAUCUUAUCGUUCAAUCCAUUGAAUAUCCGUAUUCCCAUUCGUUUAACUGCACUCCUGCCGAGUAAUCGGGGUUGUGAUAUGUUUGCGCCUUAACUUUACGUUCCUCCUUCAAAAUCUUACGUCAGAAGCCGGCGUUUGGCUCCGCGCUUCCAGAGAACAGUGUUAUUUAAGACGAGAGGUUGCAGCAUUGGGGAAUGAGCGAAAGAGACAAUGUGGAUUCUUUGCAUCGCGUUGUUAUUGAAUUUGCACGUGGUGGAAGGUACUCGGCCGCACUGUGAUGUGGCUCAGUUUCAAUGCAGGAACAAUCGGUGCAUCUCGUUACUCUGGCGCUGUGAUGGAGACGACGACUGCACGGACAACAGCGACGAGGACAACUGCCCCAAGAAAACCUGUGCAGCUACGCAUUUUACAUGUGACAAUGGGGAAUGCAUCUCUGGGGACUGGCGCUGUGAUGGAGAAGAGGAAUGCACAGAUGGUUCGGACGAGGUGACUGAAUUGUGCAAUAAAGUCACGUGCCCACCGGACACCUUUGGCUGUGCCAGAAACAGAUGCAUCCCAAUUACAUGGCAGUGUGAUGGUCAGCAGGACUGUGAAAAUGGAACCGACGAGUUGUAUUGUGAUGAUAAGAAGACCUGCGCGGCCAAUGAAUUCCUCUGUGACAACGAUAAGUGCAUUGCCAUGAUGUUUGUGUGUGAUGGGGACGAUGACUGCGGUGAUGGCACAGAGGAACGGGACUGUUCUCCACCCACGUGUGGACCCCAUGAGUUCCAGUGCAACAGCUCCACGUGUAUCCCUGAGCUGUGGGCCUGUGACGGUGAUCCCGACUGUCCUGGAGGCUCGGAUGAGAGAGCGGAGAACUGCGGUCAGCUGGCAACACAGAAGCCGACAGACUCCUGCUCAGCGAGCGAGUUCCAGUGCGCCAAUGGCGAGUGCAUCCACUUCAACUGGAAAUGUGACGGCAGCAUAGACUGCAAGGACAAGUCGGAUGAAAUUGACUGUCCGAUGGUGACCUGCCAGCCCGACGAGUUCCAGUGCAAUGAUGGGACCUGCAUUCAUGGAUCCAAACAGUGUAACAAAGUGUUUGACUGUCCGGAGCACGUUGACGAGCUAGACUGCAGAAAUGUGACCCCCUGUGAAGGCCGCUUGAAGUUCCUCUGUGGGAGUGGAGAGUGCAUUGAUACAAAGAAAGUAUGCGACUCUCACAAGGACUGCAAAGACUGGUCAGACGAACCGCUAAAAGAAUGUGGUUUAAACGAGUGCCUGACCAACAAUGGUGACUGCUCCCACAUAUGUAGAGACUGGAAGGUUGGAUAUGAAUGUGAAUGCCCAGCCGGAUACACACUGUUAGACUCAAAGACAUGUGGAGAUAUAAAUGAAUGUGAAGAUCUCGACCAGUGCAGCCAGAUUUGCACUAACAUUAAAGGAGGGUACAAAUGCACCUGCUUCCAAGGUUAUGAGAUGGAUCCAAUGACUGAGAGUUGUAAAGCAGUAGGCAAAAGCCCUGCUGUGCUCUUCACUAACAGCCAUGAUAUCAGAAUGAUUAAUUUGUUGAAGAAAGAGUACACUCGUCUAGUAUCCGCGUUAAAGAAUGUGGUCUCCCUUGAUGUGGAUGUUGAAGAAAAUAAGAUAUACUGGAUUGACCUGUACUACAAAAUAAUCUAUAGUGCACCUUUGGAUAAAGGCAGUGAUCCCAGCCAGCAUAUCCAUUUGAUUGAGCAAGGACUCCUAAUUCCUGAAUGUCUAGCAAUAGAUUGGAUUCACAAAAAUAUAUAUUGGACAGACUCUGGUACCAAGUCAAUCUCUGUGGCCACGAUUGACGGGACUAAAAUAAAGACCCUUAUCAAAACUGAGCUUGAGAAUCCCAGAGCCAUUGUGGUCGACCCCAUUCAAGGGUUCAUGUACUGGUCAGACUGGGGAAGCCCUGCAAAGAUCGAGAAAGCUGGACUAAAUGGGCUUGAUCGUCAAUCACUUGUCAAGGACAACAUUGAAUGGCCAAAUGGAAUCACGUUAGAUUUAUUGAACCAACGCCUAUAUUGGGUUGACUCCAAACUACACCAGCUUUCCAGCAUUGAUCUCAACGGUGGGAAUAGAAAAACAUUGCUAUUCUCAGAAGAAUAUUUGACACAUCCAUCUGCACUUGCGGUAUUUGAGGACAAGAUUUACUGGAUUGACAAUGAGCAGGACUCUAUUUACUGUGCAAAUAGACUGACAGGGAGAGAUGUGAUGUUACUCGCAAAUAAUCUGAACAACCUGCAUGACAUUGCCAUUUUUCAUGAACUAAAACAACCCAAAGCUGUAAACGUUUGUGUACAUGGCGGGACACCAAAAGGAGGGUGUCAGUAUCUCUGUUUACCUGCUCCACAAAUCAGCAGCCAUUCUGCAAAGUACACAUGCGCUUGCCCUGAUGACAUGGAACUUGGGCAUGACAUGAGAAAGUGUUACAGAGUUGGAGAGUCUCCCUCAGUCACGAACAUCAACCCAACUCCCAAAUCUGGAGCACCUUUCUCCAAUGCAUGGAUCCCUGCAGAAACCACAACUCCAGCUGGUACAGCAGUUCCAAAUGGCGUUGGCACCGGAGACCCACGGUUGCAUUUCCCUUCUGACAGCAACAGCACUGACGCAUACUUGGUCCACAGCAACAGCUCCUCACAACUAUCAAACAGCCAGGAAGAAGGCAAGAAGUCGACUUCAACCAAUGCUAUCGUGGGAAUUAUCACCCCUAUUGUGAUCAUUAUUUUGCUCUGCCUGGGCGGCUUCCUGAUCUGGAGGAACUGGAGAAGGAAGAACACCAAGAGUAUGAACUUUGACAAUCCAGUCUAUAGGAAAACCACAGAAGAGGAGGAACUGGAGGAGACCCACAUUGGAAGGAACGGACAGAUUGGCCACGUUUACCCUGCACGUGUUGCUCUGAGUAUGGAAGAUGACGGAUUACCCUGAGACCAGCUGUGUCACAUCCACUUGACCUGCAGCUUCCCCGAAACAAAUGAUGCGGCCACUGCACCAAGGAUGGGACGCCCAAUCACUGGACAUAAAAUUUGUGACAUCUAAAGGAUGUGUAUUUUUGUAUGAGCAAAGCAUUUUAUACUACACAUGAAACGCAAGAAAAAAAACUUUUUGCACUGAUGAAAGACAGAACAAACUGUAAAGAAAUUACACUGGCCAUAAGCGUAAAAUUCCUUACAUUUGUAUAUAAUUGUGAUAUUGCAUUUGCACGCAGAGCUUCAUCAAAGCUAUAUUUAUACAGUUUUGUAAAUAGUCUUAACAGUGCUCGUCAUAAUUUUCAGUUUGGCAGAGAGCUUAAUUUGUUGAAGCUCCCCAAUGGCAUAAACUACACUGAAUAGAAAGAAAAGGGUUUUAUUUAUGGACUUAUUUCCUGGACAAAGUUGGUUAUGUAUAUAUGAAGUAGAAAAUAUUUUAUUGCUGAUGCUUUUUGCCUUUUCUGUACAGUGAAAUCGUAUUUGCAUAUAUGUUUAUACAAGAGGAAAAUGUAUUUAUAAAAAUUGGGGAAUAUAUGUGUUAAUGCUUGCUUCUUCCUGUAUAUGCCAUACAUUGUCUGAAUAUUGAGAAUUUAUUUAUUUUAAGGUUCAAACUGGGCUGAGCAACGACAAGUGAAUUUUCACAAUCUAUUUGUUCUAUUUAAUUUGUUAUCUUUUUCAAGGCACAGUUUUUGUAAUUCUGUUGCUACAUUCAAAGUUGUCCAAUUCGCAACAUAAAUGUAGUUCUUCUGAUACUUGAAUGGAGAAUGUAAUUACUUGGUAUGGGACUGAGCCCACAGAGACUGCAAGGUAACAGAGGUGAUUGGGCAAUAGUUAAUGAGCCCUUUGGAGGGAAGGGAGAGGGGGAAAAAACCCAAUCACAGUGCGUUCACAGUGAGUACUGUCAGAAAUGACACCUGAGGAACUUGUGCAGUCUAUAAUGUUCACACAGGAAUGAUGGAAAUAUGUUGAGAGGGCUGUGUUGGUAGCUCAGUACUGUCAAGAGUUAAGGUAGUGCAAAUAAGAAUGUUAUUGUUCUAUCUGGGACAUAUGACAAUGAAACACUUUUGGCUCUCUCUUGAGUUGGGAUGCUUGAAAGGGAAGGAAUAUAAGGAAGAAACCAAUUUAAUAUAAAGUGUAUAUAGUGGAUCUGCAAUAUAGAUCAUGUAAAAGCCUGCCUUUUGAAUAACUAAGGCUGAUUUCCUUAAAAAUAGCCAAAGGUUUUAUAACAGAUGCAUUAAAAUGGUUUUCAUUUAUAAACCUAAUACAAUAUUUUUCUGAGAUGAGGUGGAAAUCUAUCAAAUUUGCUACUUGGUUUCCCUGUAUAUUUGUAAUAUUUGAUCUGUAUUGAUGUGGAGGUG